AUGUUUGAGAACUCCCUGUUCCUCAUCAAGCCGGACUAUCUGCACAAGCGGCGUCCGGUGCUCUUGAAGUUGCUGGCCGAGGGCUUCCAGCUUCAGGGUAAUCGAAGGAUUGCCUUUUCGCCAGAAACCGCCGCCGAGUUCUAUGCUGAUUAUGCCGAUGAAAAGGGUUUCAUGCUGGAGGUCAUUCUGCUUUCGAAGGGUGUUUCCGAGGCGUUCAUAGUUGCCAAGGAAAAUGCAGUGCAGGAGCUGCUCAACAUCAUGAUUUGUUAUUUUGGCUCGGCAUCGGACCUGGAACGCAAUAUCCAUGUUACCAAGAACAGUUACAGUGUGGCCCGUGAGAUAAACUUCAUUUUUCCCAACUACAUUCAUGAGCCCCAUCAAAUGUUCGACCACAAUAACUUCUGCAAUAGGCCGAUGCUGAAGCCGCUGCUCGAGGAGAUCUACGACAUAAUGCAGAACCUGGACUGCAGCCAGGAGAACUGGAAGGUGCGUCUAUCCGAUUACCUGGUGCGCAGCAAUCCAAAGAUGCCGGAAAUCAGCAACCAGUGCCAGCAGCGACCGGAUGUGGCAAUCCAGGACAAGUCGCAGCAGACCACCAUGACCUAUGCUCCGAUGCCGAGUGCGAGGGGAGUGCAGCCGCGAGUCAAGAAGACCCAAAGCAGCAGUGCACCCUUGUCCACCACAUCCCCGCACUCCUCCUUGCUGCUCUCGUCGUCUUCCUGUGUCACCUGUGGAGGCUUCGAGAGAUCUGAGCCCUGUAUUUCGGAACUGGAUCUCAACAAGCGCGUGGAACCGCAUGACGAGGAGCCCGUUUGUGUGGACGAGGAGAUCCUGUGGAAGGAAGUCAUUGUCUACGAGGAAAUCCAACCGGAGGCGGAGGAGCAGGACUCCAAGGAGGAUCUACACGACCUGGAGGAGGAACACGAAGGGGAGGAUGGGAGCUCCGAUGCGGAGUCAGACCGAAGUGUUCAUGAGGCCCCACCGCCACCAGCUGAGGACGAGGAGUCUGAAGCGGGUGACACUGCUGCUGCGGAACCAGUUGAGGCUGCUCCCGCUCCGGAAGCAGAGCCACCUGCCCCAGAGGCUGCUCCUGCGCCUGAAGCCCCCCCAGUGGCCGAGGAACCUGCUCCGGCAGCAGAGGCACUCGCAGAGGAAGCUCCACCAGAGGAAUAAGUUCGGUUUGCUGGUACACCUGUUGCCCCAUCAUUUGUUUGUAGAAGCAUAGAAAAAAUGGACUAAAAUGCGCGCAAUUUUUGCAUCACCAGCCAUUGCACCCAAUUUUGCACCACCUUAAACUGGCAAUUGCGCACUCGCAGAAUUUUUGGAGGUGGGUUCAAAAUGCUGGUCCUGCAGUUUUUUAUUUGCCCCUAGAAAGUGCAUCCCACACGGCAGCAAAAUCAACAGGAGCAACAGCUUUUUUAGCCUCCAACUUGCCGCUGGCCAAAUGGCAAAGUUUUUUCGCCCCUUUCAAGUGUCCAAUGAAAAAAACGUUGAAAUUAAAACAAACAAUGAAAUCAAAUUAAA